GAAGAGAAAGAUCAGGCAGGGAAGAUAGCUUGAAUUAUUGAUGAGAGUAAUGGCGUUGCCGUCUGUCUGGAGGGUGAUGCGUGUGGCCAUCCCGUUCAUCUCGGUGGUUGGCCUGCUCAGCGUGAGGCUUGUGGGGGCCAGCCAGGACUCUGGGAGUGUCAUUCCUGCAGAAAGUCGUCCCUGUGUUGACUGCCAUGCGUUUGAGUUCAUGCAGAGGGCGUUGCAGGAUUUAAAGAAGACGGCGUAUAAUCUAGACACGCGGACAGAAACCCUCCUCCUGAGAGCAGAAAAGAGAGGCCUGUGUGAUUGCUUUCAUGCAAUACACUGAAAUGAGCACUGGGAUUCGGCCAAUGGACAUUUAUUCAUUUUUAAAAUGCUGUUCAAUAAAUUACAGGAAGAUACAGAGUGCAAGUUGUGCCAUGAUGCAAGGAAAAGUAUUUUUUUCCGAACAGGUACAGCUCAGAUCAUUUUUGCUUUGAUGUGUUUUAUCAUUACUGUAUGUGAUAUUGCAUCUGCUGAAAUGUCAACAGAAGAAACAGUGCCAAAGUCUAGCUCAUGGGUUUUAUGCAAGGACAGCAUCUCACUUUUCUUCUAUUUCAAGCCAAAAAUUGUCCUUGGACUCUCAGGCCAAGCCCUCAGCACAUGUGAAUUGGCAUAGAUCUGUGAAAGUCAGUGGAGUUGAAUUCUUUAAUAUAUUUAUGGUAGGAUGUAUCCCUAACAUGAAAAGGAAGCCGCUUUGCAAUGAUGCAUAGCUAAACAUUUACAAACAAGCAGUCAUGGCUUUAUGUAGAAAUUAGUAGUUGUCACUGACUGCUUGGCAGUCCAAGGAAGGUAUUUAUUCCCAAUUGUAUCAAUAGUCCAGUGCACAGCAAACACAGUAAUCUGUAUCACAAUUUAAAUUUCUUCAGAGCCACACAGUAGCUGUGAUCUUUUUGGAGAGAUUUAUUAAGCACCUAAUGUGAUCAGUAUCAUUUGUAAUCACAUGAAUACUGCCUGGCAAUUGAACUGAUUGCGUCUGCCAAAAUCUUCUGGAGAAGUGUCUUUCAUUAAGCAAAUCACAUACUGGAUUGAACCACUCAAACUGGC